UUUGACACAUGCUGUUGGUAGCCUGCUAGCUCAAAAAGAUCAAUCUACCACUCCCUUACAAUCUAUAGAUGCUUGCUAUUCUGCACAAGAAAUUGAACAAUCAUCAUUGAUACAUGAAAAGAAAACUUAUUCUGAGAAGCGCCGCUUUUGGGAGGAUAUAGCACGUACUAAGGGCGAAGGCUUCGAAGGCAUUGACUCUGAUUUAUCGACAAUAUACCAAUCCACUGAUCAGGAUGACGAAAACAUGUAUCUUACCGAAGCUCAAGAGUACAAUAAAAAUUAUAGCGAAGGUGAGAAUCUACUCGACUUUGAUCCAACUGUUGAUAUGUCGGAGUGUACAGUUGCUGAAAAGGCUCACUAUUUUGAAGAACAAAUACAAAAAGAAUUCACUGCAGCAAGAGGGCCAUUAAAGAGUCAAUCAUCUCAAGAAUCAGCGAGAAUUUCUCGAGCUAGAUUAUCUGGAAUAUCUAUUUCCAGUGAAGAUGAUAAGUCGCUCGAGGUAUUUGAGGAAACCGAAAGGAUUCUCGAAGAGAGGGCGAGACAACAAAUGAAAACUAGCGAGAAAGUAGAAAAAGUAGAGGCCAAGACAUGGGAUGAAAGAAGUGAAGAGAAAAAAGAUGAUAUUAUGGAAAAGGGUGAGAAGGAAAACGACGAAAAGAAAAAAUUGACCGAUUGUAAGUCUGAUAUUAAAGAUAUGAAGGAUAAUAAACGCAUCGAUAGGGAUGAAUUUAUGAAGAAGGACGAUAAAAAGAAAAGUAAGGAUGCUAAUGAUUCAUUUGAAAAAAAGAAAAGUUUGAAAAAAGAAUGUAGAGAUGAAAAGCAGAAAAAUCAGGAUGGCAAAGUACUGAAAAGUGAAAGUGAAAAGAAAGAUAGUGAAAAACAUACGAAUACGAAGGAGGAAUUAAAGUACACCGAGACUGCCACUUUGAAAAAAUUGAAAUUAGACAUAGUUACCAAAGAAACAAUUACAAAAACGAGUAAAAAAAUUGUCCUCGAUAAAAUUGAUACGCCUGAUAAUCAAAAAAUUACAAAAUACGAAAUAAAAUCUAAAAUUGUUACGAAAUCUGAUGUUGAGAAAGAAAUUAAACCCAAAGCAACGAAAAUGCAAGAAAAUGUUGCGACAAAACAACAAAAAGCAGCUGGUAUACAAACCCCUAUAAUUGCUACUAAAUCAGCUAAAGUAAAAGAAGAAACAUCACCAAAAUCAACGUCGAUGAAGCAGAAAUCUAAGGAAGAAACAUCACCUAAAAAUGUAUUGAUGCGAUCAAAGUCGAAGGAAGACGCACUUGCUAAAUCUCCACCAAAGAAAGAAAAACCUAAAGAAGGCUUACUUCCCAAAUCACCACCUAAAAGCGAAAAAAUUAAAGAUGAGGUAUCGAGUAAAGUUUCACCAAAAUCCGAAAAAUUAAAAGACACAAUACCGUCAAAAUCUAUGCAGCACAAAUUAAAAGAGUUCACAUCUGAAAAAUCGUCGAUAAAAAAAGAAUCCAUUAAGCACGAAGUAUCUAAAUCUUCAUUUCAAACAAAAGAAAAAUCUAAAGAUGAUAAGUUUUCACAAAAAAAUGAGAAAAUUAAAGCUGACACGGUUUCUUUAUCGAAACAGGGUUUGAUAGACAACAAAAAAGAAUUAGCGAUUCAAUCCCCAUCCAAAAUAAUAAAACCUGAUACUCUAGAAACGGAUAUAUCAUUAUCUGCUAAUGUAGAUUUUGCAUCUUCAGAUACAUCAAAAUCAUUAAUUGCAGCCCAGUCAGAAAAAAAUAUUGCAACAACAGCUAUAGACAAGUCCAAAGAAAUACGAGAUAAUAUAGAAAAACAUACAGACACAGAAUCAAAAGUAUCGAUAGAUAUAAUAGAAAAAGAAUCAAUAAUAUCGGCUGAUAUUAAUUCUCAAUUAGAGGAAAUAAAACAAGUGGAUUCGGAAAUCUAUAGAAAUAAUGAAACAUCAAACUUAUCAUUUCUAGGUUCAUCCGAAAAUCUAUCCAAGGAUUUAAAUAGUAAAUUAACAAACACAGAGAUAGAUCAAGAAAGCUUAUGUACUCAUAUAAAUGAACAAAAACAUACUGUUUUAACAAAGGAAAUAGCUGGAAUUACGGAAGAAAAACAAAAAUCAAUAACAAUAAACACAGCGGUCAAAUCAGCUGAUGAAAUUUCUAAAUCGAUGAUACCAAGAAGAAAAGAUACGAAAGAUGAAUAUUCCAUUAAAACUCCUCUCCAUGAUCGUAAGGAAAAACCAUUAUUAUCCUUAGAGAUAAGACGAGAAACGUCGACAGAAGAGGUAACGAACGCAAUGUUACCAAUUACAGGAAUAGCUAAAGAUGAAUGUUCAUUGGAAACUAUUCCCCAAAAAGAACAACAAAAGCUUAUUCAAGAAACAUUACCGAAACAAGAAACAUCUCCAGACAAAAUUUUAAAGUCACAAACAGACAUACCAGAAUCGACGAUAAAUCAAGAAAUGUCUAAAAACGUUCCAGAUGUAAAAGCAAAACGAAAAAAAUCUUUGAAUGAUACACCAGAAUCAAUGAUUCUAAGCACAGAAAUAUUAAAGGAUAAAGUUUCAUUAAAAUCAUUAUCUCAAGAAGAAAAAGGAACAAAAGAAAAAUUAACAAUAACAACACACAAGCUGGAAAAAUCUUUAAGUGAUUUACCAAAGUCGAUGAUACCGAAGAGAGAAAAGUUUAAAAAUGAAUUUCCAAUAAAAUCUCCUUCACACGAUAGUAAAGGACAAUUACCCUCGACAGCACCGAAGAGAGAAAAAUCGAUAGGUGAAAUACCGAAGUCCAUGAUACCGAAGAGAGAAAAGUCUAAAGAUGAAUUUUCUAUAAAAUCUCCUUCACACGAUAGUAAAGGACAAUUACCCUCGACAGCACCGAAGAGGGAAAAAUCGAUAGGUGAAAUACCGAAGUCCAUGAUACCGAAGAGAGAAAAGUCUAAAGAUGAAUUUUCUAUAAAAUCUCCUUCACACGAUAGUAAAGGACAAUUACCCUCGACAGCACCGAAGAGGGAAAAAUCGAUAGGUGAAAUACCGAAGUCCAUGAUACCGAAGAGAGAAAAGUCUAAAGAUGAAUUUUCUAUAAAAUCUCCUUCACACGAUAGUAAAGGACAAUUACCCUCGACAGCACCGAAGAGGGAAAAAUCGAUAGGUGAAAUACCGAAGUCCAUGAUACCGAAGAGAGAAAAGUCUAAAGAUGAAUUUUCUAUAAAAUCUCCUUCACACGAUAGUAAAGGACAAUUACCCUCGACAGCACCGAAGAGGGAAAAAUCGAUAGGUGAAAUACCGAAGUCCAUGAUACCGAAGAGAGAAAAGUCUAAAGAUGAAUUUUCUAUAAAAUCUCCUUCACACGAUAGUAAAGGACAAUUACCCUCGACAGCACCGAAGAGGGAAAAAUCGAUAGGUGAAAUACCGAAGUCCAUGAUACCGAAGAGAGAAAAGUCUAAAGAUGAAUUUUCUAUAAAAUCUCCUUCACACGAUAGUAAAGGACAAUUACCCUCGACAGCACCGAAGAGGGAAAAAUCGAUAGGUGAAAUACCGAAGUCCAUGAUACCGAAGAGAGAAAAGUCUAAAGAUGAAUUUUCUAUAAAAUCUCCUUCACACGAUAGUAAAGGACAAUUACCCUCGACAGCACCGAAGAGGGAAAAAUCGAUAGGUGAAAUACCGAAGUCCAUGAUACCGAAGAGAGAAAAGUCUAAAGAUGAAUUUUCUAUAAAAUCUCCUUCACACGAUAGUAAAGGACAAUUACCCUCGACAGCACCGAAGAGGGAAAAAUCGAUAGGUGAAAUACCGAAGUCCAUGAUACCGAAGAGAGAAAAGUCUAAAGAUGAAUUUUCUAUAAAAUCUCCUUCACACGAUAGUAAAGGACAAUUACCCUCGACAGCACCGAAGAGGGAAAAAUCGAUAGGUGAAAUACCGAAGUCCAUGAUACCGAAGAGAGAAAAGUCUAAAGAUGAAUUUUCUAUAAAAUCUCCUUCACACGAUAGUAAAGGACAAUUACCCUCGACAGCACCGAAGAGGGAAAAAUCGAUAGGUGAAAUACCGAAGUCCAUGAUACCGAAGAGAGAAAAGUCUAAAGAUGAAUUUUCUAUAAAAUCUCCUUCACACGAUAGUAAAGGACAAUUACCCUCGACAGCACCGAAGAGGGAAAAAUCGAUAGGUGAAAUACCGAAGUCCAUGAUACCGAAGAGAGAAAAGUCUAAAGAUGAAUUUUCUAUAAAAUCUCCUUCACACGAUAGUAAAGGACAAUUACCCUCGACAGCACCGAAGAGGGAAAAAUCGAUAGGUGAAAUACCGAAGUCCAUGAUACCGAAGAGAGAAAAGUCUAAAGAUGAAUUUUCUAUAAAAUCUCCUUCACACGAUAGUAAAGGACAAUUACCCUCGACAGCACCGAAGAGGGAAAAAUCGAUAGGUGAAAUACCGAAGUCCAUGAUACCGAAGAGAGAAAAGUCUAAAGAUGAAUUUUCUAUAAAAUCUCCUUCACACGAUAGUAAAGGACAAUUACCCUCGACAGCACCGAAGAGGGAAAAAUCGAUAGGUGAAAUACCGAAGUCCAUGAUACCGAAGAGAGAAAAGUCUAAAGAUGAAUUUUCUAUAAAAUCUCCAUCACACGAUAGUAAAGAACAAUUACCCUCGACAGCACCGAAGAGGGAAAAAUCGAUAGGUGAAAUACCUAAGUCAAUGACACCAAAGAGAGAAAAGUCUAAAGAUGAAUUUUCUAUAAAAUCUCCAUCACACGAUAGUAAAGAACAAUUACCCUCGACAGCACCGAAGAGGGAAAAAUCGAUAGGUGAAAUACCAAAAUCGAUGAUACCAAAGAGAGAAAAGUCUAAAGAUGAAUUUUCUAUAAAAUCUCCAUCACACGAUAGUAAAGAACAAUUACCCUCGACAGCACCGAAGAGGGAAAAAUCGAUAGGUGAAAUACCUAAGUCAAUGAUACCAAAGAGAGAAAAGUCUAAAGAUGAAUUUUCUAUAAAAUCUCCAUCACACGAUAGUAAAGAACAAUUACCCUCGACAGCACCGAAGAGGGAAAAAUCGAUAGGUGAAAUACCAAAAUCGAUGAUACCAAAGAGAGAAAAGUCUAAAGAUGAAUUUUCUAUAAAAUCUCCAUCACACGAUAGUAAAGAACAAUUACCCUCGACAGCACCGAAGAGGGAAAAAUCGAUAGGUGAAAUACCAAAAUCGAUGAUACCAAAGAGAGAAAAGUCUAAAGAUGAAUUUUCUAUAAAAUCUCCAUCACACGAUAGUAAAGAACAAUUACCCUCGACAGCACCGAAGAGGGAAAAAUCGAUAGGUGAAAUACCAAAAUCGAUGAUACCAAAGAGAGAAAAGUCUAAAGAUGAAUUUUCUAUAAAAUCUCCAUCACACGAUAGUAAAGAACAAUUACCCUCGACAGCACCGAAGAGGGAAAAAUCGAUAGGUGAAAUACCAAAAUCGAUGAUACCAAAGAGAGAAAAGUCUAAAGAUGAAUUUUCUAUAAAAUCUCCAUCACACGAUAGUAAAGAACAAUUACCCUCGACAGCACCGAAGAGGGAAAAAUCGAUAGGUGAAAUACCAAAAUCGAUGAUACCAAAGAGAGAAAAGUCUAAAGAUGAAUUUUCUAUAAAAUCUCCAUCACACGAUAGUAAAGAACAAUUACCCUCGACAGCACCGAAGAGGGAAAAAUCGAUAGGUGAAAUACCAAAAUCGAUGAUACCAAAGAGAGAAAAGUCUAAAGAUGAAUUUUCUAUAAAAUCUCCAUCACACGAUAGUAAAGAACAAUUACCCUCGACAGCACCGAAGAGGGAAAAAUCGAUAGGUGAAAUACCAAAAUCGAUGAUACCAAAGAGAGAAAAGUCUAAAGAUGAAUUUUCUAUAAAAUCUCCAUCACACGAUAGUAAAGAACAAUUACCCUCGACAGCACCGAAGAGGGAAAAAUCGAUAGGUGAAAUACCAAAAUCGAUGAUACCAAAGAGAGAAAAGUCUAAAGAUGAAUUUUCUAUAAAAUCUCCAUCACACGAUAGUAAAGAACAAUUACCCUCGACAGCACCGAAGAGGGAAAAAUCGAUAGGUGAAAUACCAAAAUCGAUGAUACCAAAGAGAGAAAAGUCUAAAGAUGAAUUUUCUAUAAAAUCUCCAUCACACGAUAGUAAAGAACAAUUACCCUCGACAGCACCGAAGAGGGAAAAAUCGAUAGGUGAAAUACCAAAAUCGAUGAUACCAAAGAGAGAAAAGUCUAAAGAUGAAUUUUCUAUAAAAUCUCCAUCACACGAUAGUAAAGAACAAUUACCCUCGACAGCACCGAAGAGGGAAAAAUCGAUAGGUGAAAUACCAAAAUCGAUGAUACCAAAGAGAGAAAAGUCUAAAGAUGAAUUUUCUAUAAAAUCUCCAUCACACGAUAGUAAAGAACAAUUACCCUCGACAGCACCGAAGAGGGAAAAAUCGAUAGGUGAAAUACCUAAGUCAAUGAUACCCCGGAGAGAAAAAUCUAAUGAUGAAAUUGCAAAGACAAUCGUUCCUAAAAGAGAAAAGUCUAAAGACAAAUUUUCUACAAAAUUGCCUGCGAAAGAUAUGAAAUCAAAGAACGUGGCGCCAAGAGAAAAAUCAAAUGAUGAAUUUUCUAUUAAAUCGGUGUCAAAAGCAAAGGAAGUUGCAUCUGAAAAAUCGACAACAAAAGUCGAAAGACGAAUUUUCAAAGAAUUUGUCAAAGAAAGAAAAGUCAAUGGAUGA